UCUUAAUGCGUAAGGUUGGAAUUCAUAUCUGUCAAAACUGUAAAUUUGUAAAAAUAAACAGACAGUUGACUCCAAUCCUUCAAAGAGUCGUAAAACUCACAUUAUAUUUAUAAAGUUUAACUUGCUAAUGUGUUUGGAGAUGAUAGAUUUGAAGAUGGAGCAUUUUUCUUUUGAGAAAUGUUUAUCAUUAUCUGGCAGUCACUAAUUUGUCAGAUAAAUGACCAUCUUCCAUGAGAAAAGGGGGGCCCUGGCAAGGGGGCUUAUCUCUACCAAAAAAUAUCAUAUUUAUAAGAUUUUGGUAUAUUUAAUGCAUUUUCUUCAUUGGUUGCUUAUCAGCUAGCAUGAUAGGUAAAUAAGAUUUGUCAGAAUAUGAUAUGUAAAGCAGAAACUAUAUUUUUGAGUGUAUGGACAAUUAUCUCCUCAGUAUGAUAGCAGAUCUCUAUAGAAUAGGCAUGGUAUAGCUCAGCAGUAUGUUAUAGUGUUAGGAUAUUACACACUCACAAAAAUGAAGCUUGAUGGCUGGUUGGAGAAGCCGUUGUUUCAACAAGAUGGCAGCAUGAAAUUUCAGCAGCGUCUUGUAUGUAUUGCAGCUACAAGUCUAAUUGUUGUCGUUUACCUGAUAUUCCUUGUAAAUGUUCACCUUGUAAAUCUCCAAGAUUCAGAACAUAUAAAAGUCAGUCUCCGUGAAUCUCCUCUUCAUCUAACUCAUUAUGAUUGGCAAGAACCAGACCAACAGAAGUGCCGUGUGCUGGACAACCUCGAGUCAUUUUCCAACUUGACAUCGCUGUAUCUCCGUGACAAAGCUAGAUAUGAUACACUUAGCAAUGGUCAGUAUGAACUGCCUACCAAAUCUUUUGAUCCUGACGACAUUCCAGAAAAAUUAAAUGUCAUUUUGAUUCCACAUUCUCACAACGAUGCUGGUUGGUUGCGGACUUUGGAAGAAUACUAUAUUUACACGACAAAGAAAAUUCUAAAUAAUAUGGUGAUCAAAUUAAAACAAUAUCCAAAUAUGACUUUUGUAUGGGCUGAAUCAGUGUUUCUCAGCAUGUGGUGGAAUGAACUAGAAGACGAUACGAAAGUUCAUGUUCGGAAUUUAGUGAAGCGUGGACAGUUAGAGAUUGUGUUAGGAGGCUGGGUAAUGCCAGACGAGGCCUCAACCCAUUAUGUUUCAGUGAUCGAUCAACUUAUGGAAGGACAUUUAUGGCUUCAUGAAAACUUACAUGUAAAACCUCACAACAGCUGGUCAAUAGAUCCAUUUGGACAUUCUGGGACAAUACCAUAUAUACUUAAAAAAUCAGGCAUAGAUAAUAUGGUCAUACAAAGGAUUCAUCAGGCAACGAAAGGUGCCCUUGCAUCAGUUAAAAGUUUGGAGUAUAACUGGCACCAACCAUGGGAUAUGACUGGCAAAAAUGAUAUUUUAUGCCAUGUGAUGCCGUACAUGUUAUAUAGUUUUCAAUAUACAUGUGGACCUGAUCCGUAUGUUUGUUUUCAAUUUGAUUUCUGUCAUUCUGAUAAUCCUGAGAAAAAGUCCUAUGCCAAAAGGAAAAUAACAGGUGCCAAUAUUGAUAAAAUGGCCAAUUUCUUAUACCAGCAAUUCCGUAAGAAAUCCAGCUUGUAUGCAUAUAAUACAAUUCUUGUGCCAAUAGGGGAUGAUUUUAGAUAUGAUUCUUUGCACGAAUGGGAUGAACAGUACAAUAACUACCAACGAUUGAUGAGGUAUUUAAAUUCUAGAAAAGACUGGAACAUCAAUGUACAGUUUGGAACAGUUGCUGAUUAUUUUUCACUUCUCAAAAGAGAAGGUAAGAAAAAGAGUUUUCCAACGUUAGCAGGAGAUUUUUUUCCUUACUCUGAUCAAAAUUAUCUUUAUUGGACAGGAUAUUACAGUACAAGGCCAUUUGAUAAGCGCUUCUCACGUGAAGUUGAAUCAAAUUUGAGAACUGCCGAUAUUCUCAAUACUCUUGCAUUUGGCUACUGCAACAAAUGGAAUGUGAAGUUUGCACACUCUCAUGACACUGCUUCACUUUUACAGCAAGCCAGACGACACUUGGGACUAUUUUUACAUCAUGAUGCAAUAACUGGAACAUCAAAAGAUUAUGUUAUGGAAAAUUAUGAAAGCAAACUUUUAGAAGCUUAUAAUGACACCCAAAAAGUUAUGAGUAUGGCUCUGCAGACUUUAUUGACAAAAGGACAAUUUACAUCUCCAUUAAUUCUAUCACCAGAUCUCGUUAGACAAAAGUUUAAUGUCAGAACAAGUCAACGGACCAUCUCAAUUUCCGAUUCAGGAACCACCAUAGUUGUGUUCAAUCCACUACCUAAAAAUAGAAAUAUGUUAAUUUCUUUGAUAGUUAACACUGAUAAUUUACAAGUUUUGGAUAGAAAUAUGAAAGUUAUGUCAUAUCAACUAAAUCCAGUAUGGAUUUCUAAAGUUUCUGUUUCUACAUCAAAGUUUGAAAUUACAUUUUUGGUAGAGUUACCUCCUCUUGGAAUACACACAUUUUUAUUGAGAAAAGGUGCAUGUAAGGAAAUGUAUCCUUCUUUACUGAGUGUUUACAAUUCAAUGGAGUUAGAUGUUGCACCAAAUUUAAAGUUUGCUCAGAAUCGUCCCGUAUUCCAACCAAAACAAAGUCAGAAAUUACGAAUAGAAAAUGACUUUGUUUUGGGAGAAUUUGACCCUGUUACAGGACUUUUACAGAAAGUGCUAGAUAAAAGGACAGGAAAUGUCACAAAUAUUCAAAUACAAUUUAUGUAUUACAUAUCAAGAGGUAGUGGUGCAUAUAUAUUUUUUCCGAAAGGGGAGGCAAAUCCGUUACCUAAUGUCUGGGGUCAACCUGUUGUACGAGUAACAGAAGGGCCCCUUAUGUCAAAAAUAGAGGUUUUACAUCCAAUAGUUCAUCAUACAGUUAUUCUUUACAAAGUGCCAACAGAACAAGGCCAAAACUUUCACAUACAGAAUGUUGUAGAUAUGCAUGCAUCUAAAACGAAAGACUGGGAAAUUAUAAUGAGAAUGCAUACAGAUGUUAUGAACGCAAAUCUUCAGUAUUAUAGUGAUCAGAAUGGGUACCAGUUGAUAAAACGCAGAACUAAAUCCGAAAUUGGGAUAGCAGCUAAUUAUUUCCCUAUGACUACUAUGAGUAUUAUCGAAGAUUCUUCCAAACGUGUAACUGUCCACACAGGACAAGCUCAUGGCGUGGCAAGUUUACAUCAAGGAGAAAUAGAAAUCAUGUUAGAUAGACAGUUAAUGUACGAUGAUAAUAAAGGACUCGGACAGGGGGUCACAGACAACAAACCAACACUCAGCGAAUUCAUUUUACAGAUAGAAUAUAGAGACAACACAGAACCGGAACCAAUGACAACAUCUUCAUCAUUGUCAGCCUUGAUAAUUAAUGAAGCACUUCAGCAACCACCUGCAGUGUUCUACACAACAAUUAACUCUGAGGUCAUUAGACCGAGCUUUGAUAUAGCAAGUCAAUCUUUACCCUGUGAUAUUUCAUUGGUCAGUUUGAAAAACUUGGUGAACUCUGACCUUGAUUAUGAUGGAACCAGCUUAAUUUUACAUCGUAGAGGAUAUAAAUGUGGAUUUAAUGCAAAUUAUCUUCAGUGUCCUUUAAAUAAGGAUGUAACUUUGUCUUCCAUUUUACCAGACUUGACAAUAAGUGGUGCAAGAGAGACAACUCUUACACAUCUGUACAACAGAAGUAAAGCACUGGUAAUAAAAGAUCCUUUGAACAUUCCUGUUAUGGAACUAGCAACCUACAAAAUCAUUCUGUGAUCGUUUGUUAGAUUUUAUUUAUGUUCUAUUUCAUGUCCAAAUAUUUUCUAAUAUUUCAAACACCUGGGAAAAGACAGGCUAUCAAAGUUAAAACCUCUGUUUCAUGUCCAAGUAUUUUCUAAUAUUUCAAACACCUGCGAAAAGAUAGGCUUGAAAAGUUAAACCUCUGUUUUGAAGCUUAUCAGAAAUCUUUGAAUCUGUAUUCUCUUUUGGAUUUACAGCUUCCAUCUGGUCUACAAUGAUAUGUCUGAUCAUGUAUUCUGAUAUAAUUGAAUAUCACAUCUUUAUUAUUUUAUCAUGUGGAACUUUUCUACACUUAUUGCAAAAGUGUGUUAUAAAUUAGGGGAAUUAUGUUGGAUAUCUUUUUGUAGGUGAUAAUUUAUGUGAUAAAAAAGGGACAUAUCAAAUGUGAAAAUUCAGACAAAACAAACUUUUUUGCAAUCAUGUAAAAAUGAAUACAGAUUUCUCUACAUCAUAGAGAAAGGGCUUAUAUAAGGACAAUUUCAGUAUAUUAUACGAGUCCAUUGGAAAAUUGUGGGAACACUUGAUUUGUGGUGUGUAUUUUAUUAUUGGUAAUGACAAAUUAUGGUGCUUCCAUUUGUUAAUUCCUAAGUCAUUUCACAGCCUGUGUGUAGAUCUGGUAAAUUUUAUAAAAAAAAUUAUCCAAAAGGGAGUUGGUUAAAUUUCCUUUAUUGUUUUACAUUUGAUGAAAGUAAUGCAGGCAAGACAAAGCAAUACUGCAAGUUCAUGUUGUAAACAAUUGCUUACUUAUAGGUCUUAUAUUAAAGUUUUGAUACAUGGUGAAUAAAUACAGUAAAUCCAAAUAGAUUUAUUUUAAAUUGGACAGAGGCUUCUUUUUGACCAAAGGGUAAUGUCCAAUAAUAAAAUUCAGUAAAGAUUGAAAUGGAUUAAGGCCAAUGGCCAAAAUACCAUUGUUUCUGAUUAAUUACACAGUUAAGUAUACAGCCCCAUGUUAAUCACAGAAGUGGUCACAGCUGUUAUAUUAUUUUUUUCUGUUAAAAAUACAUCAGAAGCUGAACUUUUAAAAAAAUGUAUUGCCUCUCUCCUGAAGACAAUUAUUCCUACCACAAGCAGCUGUCAAAGUAUUAUUUACAAGACUGAUUUUUUAUAUAUAUAUAUAUAUAUAUAUAUAUAUAUCACUCUCUAUUGAAAAUCUAAUUUUUGGAUAGAAACUGAUGAUUCAAAUCGUACAUGAUAUGAUUCAAUUCCAAGGAGCAUUGUAGUUACACUGAAAUAAACACUUAAUAAAUAUAGUUGUGAUGAAAGAUAUCUGUCAGAAAGCCAUGUUGAAUCAUAUAAUAAAAAGACUCUCUAGGUAAUUGUUCAAGUGAACAGUUACAGCCAUUAUCUGAUUUAUAUCAAACUAUAAAAAGAUAUAGCUAUCAAUUUAAUCAAUAUCAAGUGGAGAUGAUUCAGUAUUUAAUCAGAAUUCAUCCAAUAUGGGAAAAGAGGGAUAACUCAGAUUUAUUCUUGGAUUAAAGUAUUUGCAGAAUAAAUGUUUCUUUCACUUAUUUGAUAUUUUAUGUAGAAAUGAUCUUUCUUUCAACAAAGUUCAUUAUUUUUAGCUGACAAUUUUAUAGAUGAGAGAACGAAAAUAGUUAUAUAAUUUUUUUUUAGCUUUUGUAUGUGCAAUAAAAGGUGCUAUAAACAUAAGCUGUGAAAUGAACGAGAACAUUCCAUGUAUUGAUAUGUGUAUAUGUUAUUGAGAGAUGUAUUAUAUUAUAUUAUUUCAUUUUUAUGUGAGUUAUUUCCCUUUGUUGUCAUUGCAUCAUAAUUAUUUUUUUAUAUUUUUUUUCUGUCUUUUAUGAAUGAUUAUUUGAUUUCGAUAUAUUCAUUAAUUUAAGUAGAAAUAGAUUUUAAUCAUCAGUAAAGAUUCUCAUUAGAGAUAUUGUUUCCAUUUCGAUGGAAAAAAUAUGCUGUUUAUUCAAUAAAUGAGAGUUUUUUAGGGUACUUUGAAACUGGCGAAUUUGUCGUUGACAAUUAUUUUUAAACUAAAAGAAGGUUUGCGAAGAAAAGAAAUCUUCUGUAACACUAAAUAAUUAGCAAAAAAAUUGUGUUUGUUUGAUAGUAAGGGGCCAUGUUUCGAAGCACCCACUUGAAGUUUUUCAAAUUUAUAAAAAAAAAUAUUUCCAUAUUUUCAAAAAUGGUAGCUCAUAACUUAAAUGCACCAUACCUGAUGACAGCAAAUAAAGGUCAAUUAUUAAAUGCAAAUAUUCUACAAGAUUAUGGUUUUUGCUGUUAAAUUGCUUUUUAGAAAAGAGCCAGUGGAAAAUAUGGUAAUUAUCUCCCUUGUGAUCAUGUUGAUCAAGAAUUAUGAUUUAUUUGAGAGUUGUUGUCUCCCUUUGCUCUGGAAGAGAAAAUAGAUUCUACUGUGUGGUGUUAAAUGGAGAUUACUUAUGAUAUUUUUUUUCAUUUAUUAUAUUUGAUUUAUAAUUUUGACAAAGGUCAAAAAGUAUUGAAUACACAGAUGUUAACCUUUUAAUAAACUGUAACAAUGUAACCAGCCGUAUCUGGCUGUAUACAUUUUCAGUCAAUCCGAACAUUUGCAUACCAAUGUGGAUUCCAUACUAUGUUGAAUUAUAUAACUUUCAACACUUUAUCACACAGCUAGGACUGCUUAUUAUAAUUGUAAUCUUGUCUGUCCCAAAUUUCCCUGGGGUUGUCAGAGGUACAAGAUGUCUAAUUUCAUAACCGUUUCAAGAAAGAAACUCGAAUUUAGUUAAGUUUAUAAAAUUUAUAUUCUUGUAUAUUCAAAUCAGUACCAACCAUGCCAAACUAGUAUUUUAUAAGGAUGACCAAAAAAACUGUUUUUUUUUCAAAUUACAUGUUUACAAAUUGUAUUUCACAUGUUUUCAUGUUAAAAGGCUGUUAACAGCAAUCUUUUGUGUAAAAGGUGGUAAAGGUUUCUUUUAAUUUUGAGGGCACACCCCUGCUAUGUUCUACUUUCAUACAAUGACAUAUAUUAUGUAUAGUUUACGGUAUACUAAGGAUUUUUUUUAUAUAUAUAUUGAAUAGCUUUACCAUUGUGUCUACGCAAAAUGAUUUUAUAGUAUUUUUAAGCCAUUACUAACAUUACAUGAACACAUGUCUCAUUGGUUUCUUUAACUGGUUGAUUGUAAUCAUUAACAAUGUACAUUUCCAUUGCGUUUUAUCGUAUACAAUUACACGUUUUAUAGGAAAAAAUCAAACAGAACGCAAAAAGCAGGUUAUUUAUGGAUUGAAAAAUGAUAAAUAAUUACACUGUUUUAAUCACAUUACAUGGAUUUAUUACUCUGAAACCAUAAUUAAUAUUUUUUAUUAAAGUAAUAAUAUUUGUCAAUGAAAUAUUUGGGGCUACAUCAUGCAAUAAUAAUUUCACAGCAUUAUCUGAUAAAUAUACAUAUUUUCCUAUGGGAAUAUAAUUUUAUAGUUUACGUAAGAACUCAUCAAGUAAGGCUAUCUAAUAUAUAUCUAGGUUUAAAUUAAUCAUAUAUUUUUAGUAGGCAUAAAUGGUUUUAUGGUUUUACCUUUAAUUGCCAACAGCUAUAGAAGUAAAAAAUACCUGGUGACAAUAAACAGAAUGUGACACAGUAGGGUUUCAGUUAGAGGUAUUGGCUUGAAGCAAAAUAUUUUUUUUGUGAUGACAUGUGUAUCAGUCCCUUUCAGAUUCUUUGUUGUCUCCAGCAGUUUACAUUUCUUUUUUGGAUUUCCUCUAGUAUAUUAUCCUGUUAAAUUACACUUUUUAUAGGCCAAAUUUAAUGAUUAAUCGAUGUGAAGUGUAAUAAAGUUGCACAAUUUUUUUCCACAGAAAAGGAAUUUAUACUUUUGGAAUCACAGUUGUAAUGUACAGAUCACAUGAAUAAUCUCUAAUUUUCAGAUCAUAUAUGAAUAAUCUCUAAUUUUCAAAUCAUAUAUUAAAAAUCUCUAAUUUUCAAAUCAUAUAAAAUAAUCUCUAUUUUUCAAAUCAUAUAAAAUAAUCUCUAUUUUUCAAAUGAUAAUCUCUAAUUUUCAAAUAAAUAAUCUCUGAUUUUCAAAUCAUAUAUAAAUAAUCUCUAUUUUUCAAAUGAAUAAUCUCUAAUUUUCAAAUCAAUUAAAUAAACUGCAAAAUGUCAGUGAACAAAAUGUGGGGUACCUGAUAAUUAAGGUUCCAUCUCAUGCAUAUACAUUUUACCCAUGGGAAUUCAAGUAUAUAAUUCAUGUAGACAAAUCAUCAAGUGAGACUAUCUAUAUAUCUGGGCUUUAAAUAAAUAAUAUAUUUUUAAGGUGGACAUAAAAUGGUUUCAUGCUUUUUUAUCCUUCAUGGUCAACAAAUAUCUCUAUGGACACUGUGAUAAGAAAUAUACAGCAUGUAACAUCAUAGCGGUUGCUUUUCACAGAUCAGAUUUAAAAAGUUUUUAUCAUGACAUAGUAAUAUACUGAGAGUUAUCAUGUUGAUUUCAGAUCUUCAAAUUUUCCCUUUUGAAUGUAUUCAAACUUGUCAGAGUUGUCUGGACUUUGAGAAAUUUAGACCUUAAAAUAUUGUAUACCAGUCCUAUAAACACUUCUUUAUUGUUUAUUGUUGAAGAUUUGUGUUGACCUGAAGAUGAAUUGGGAUUUAUUUGUAUAGCAGGGUUAUAUCUGUUUUAUUUAAGGUACAUGUGUAUGUAUUGAACUUCAUGGUGUUUGGUCUUAGGAAGUAGACAGGGGUCUCACUGUCAAUCAACCACAUUUUAUAUUCUGGAUUAUAAAUAAUGAUUUACUGUAAAAUGGUUUUUUUUUCCAUUGUAUACAGUAAAAUCUACAAGUAAAUUUUAGACAUCAAAUGAUCUUUUACAGUUACACAUAAUAUACAGCCUGAUCGCACCUCAGCUUUUUCAUUGCAAAACAAUAAUUUCUUUGAUUCAUGAGUCCACAAUCUUUACAAACAUAACAGAUAAUUUUUGUUGUUAACAUUGUAGUUUUGUCUAGACAUCAAAUGUGAUUCUUGUAUUUUCAUCAAUUUGGAAACUAGAAUGAAAAUGUCUUUUUAAUGAUCUUCAUAUUAAUUUUAAUUUUCCUUGAAGUUGAGACGCAAUAGUGUUAACACAUUUUCAUGUGUCCACACUUUAUCUACAAGCACCCAAAAAUUCAAAUUUCCUUAAUGAUUUCAGAUUGUUUAUAAAAAAUUGACCUGAUAUUUUCUUCUGCUAAUUAGUGCUGUGAAAGGAUAGUCUGUUUUUAAUCAACAAGCAUAAAUACUGUAAUUAGGUAUUUAAUCAACAAUAAAUGAGGGUCUAGAUGUGGAUCCUUUAUUUCUUUAUUCUUUAUAUUUGAUAUCAUUUUCCCUCUAUUCUUUAUUUAUUUUGCCCGUUAUUUUCUAUUUUAGCUCCCCAUUAUUCUCCAUUCUAUAUUUUUUGGGGUCAUUUAUUCUUCAGAUUUUGCCUAUGAUUCUCUAUCCUGUAAACCCCAUUCAAACCCUCAUAACUUAUAGAUGACUCUCCAUCAACCGAGAUUGUUUACUUCCAAUACUAAGGCCAUCAAUGAGUUCAUCAUAUAUUGAUGACUAUAAUUGAUAUACCUUCAAAGGUUAUUAUUUUGUAACACUCUGUAGGUGACACUUAAAUUUGUUGUCAGGUUGUUAUGGCAACCAAAUCAUUAGUACUAUUACUUUGGGAUUUUGUGUAAAUAUUUAUUAUGUUUUUCAUUGUGCAGUGUUUAUAGCUUCAGGGGUGAAAAUGGUUCUAUAUUUAUAAUAAACUUAAGUAUCAUUAUA